GGGCGCGGCUAGGCGGCCGCGGCGCCAGCAAGCGAGAGAACGAGAUCGCUGCGAGCGCGGCGAGCACCAGCAUGGCGGGGCUCCGGCGCCCGCAGUCCGGCGCCUACCGCCGCACGGCCGCUGCCGUGAACCUUCUGCUGGGCGUCUUCCAGGUCCUGUUGUCCUGCUGCCGUCCGGGAGGGGCUCAGGGACAAGCGAUUGAGCCCUUGCCGAACGUGGUGGAGCUGUGGCAGGCAGAAGAAGGGGAACUCCUGCUGCCCACUCAGGGUGAUUCUGAAGAGGACAUGGAGGAGCCUUCUCAAGAACAGAGCUUCUCAGAGAAACUGUUUGUUGGGAAAGGCUUACAUUUUCAGCCAUCAGUUCUAGAUUUUGGAAUACAGUUGCUGGGACAUCCUGCAGCGAAGCUUCUGUACGUGUACAACCCCAGCAGGGAUAGCGAGGUUGUGGUGAACUCAGUGUUUACAGCUGCUGGACAUUUUCAUGUUCCUCCUGUUCAUUGCAGGGUAAUCCCAGCAAUGGGGAGAACAUCCUUCAGAAUUAUUUUCUUACCUACUGAAGAAGGAAGCAUUGAAAGUUCUUUAUUUAUUAAUACCUCUACACAUGGCGUCCUUUCCUAUCAUGUAUCUGGAGUGGGCACUCGCAGAGUCUCUACAGAAGGGUCUGCGGAGCAACUGCCGAACGCAUACUUUCUGCUUCCGCAGGUCCAAAGUAUUCAGCUUUCACAGACACAGGCAGAAACCACUAAUACUACCCUCCUUCGGGUACAACUGGAGUGCAGUUUACACAAUAAAGUAUGUCAGCAAUUAAAGGGUUGCUAUCUGGGGCCUGGUGAUGCUUUACCCUUGGAGAUGAGCAUAAUUGUAGCUGUGGAAAACUCCUCAAGGCAACCUGAAGAGAACACUCAAGCCCUGUUAGAUCACCUCUCUAUUGUUUAUGUAGUUACUGCUGAGUCUGAGACCACAGAUGAAUCUGCAGUAAAUAUGUAUGUGUUGCAUUCAGGAAACAGCCUUAUUUGGAUACAGGAUAUACAUCAUUUCUCACAGAAAAACACCCUCUCUCUGCAGUUUGAACCCAUACUGCUCCAUACGUCCACAACCAAUUUCACAAAAAUUGCUUCAUUCAUUUGCAAAGCAGGUACCUCAUGUGACAGUGGAAUUGUGGAUAUGAGGAAAAGAAAGCACACCCCAGGACUAAGAGCGUGCCUCUCCUCUCCUGUGGUUCAGGGGUAUUUCAGAGUGGAUGCCUCUACAGCCCAGUUUCACAUAGAGAGUCACGAGAACACAACAGGGGAGUGGUCAAUAUGGUACCGCAGCCAUUUUGACCAUAGCAUUGUAUUAAAAGAUGUGUUUGUUUCCAAGGAGGCCAAGCACAUUUUAAAGGUUCUGAGUUUCCCUGGCCCUUUAUUUCUACCUCCAGGCUGUUGGAAUAUAUUUUCUUUGAAACUUGCUGUUAAAGGCAUUCUCCUAAAUCUGCUCACCAAUGUAUUUCUGACGACAAACACAGGUGCCAUUUUUGCAAUACCUCUGCAGAUUUUCUCAGCCCCAACCAAGGAAGGGAGUCUGGGUUUUGAAGUGAUAGCACAUUGUGGCAUGCAUUAUUUCAUGGGAAAAUCAAAACCAGAAACUCCUACUUGGGAUGGAAGCCUUUCUCUGGAUCGGUCUACCUGGGAUGUGGAUUCUGGACUUGCAAAUGAACUGUAUGAAAGAUGGAGGAAGUAUAAAAAUGGCGGUGUGUGCAGGAGAAAUGUUUUGGGAAUGACUCAGUUUGCCUCUGCAAAGAAAUCCAAGGAAUCAGAACCUUUUGUCUCCUUUUUGCCUCGCUUGGUCCUGGAUCCUGGCCGUGUGUUGAACUUCAGUGCCACUGCCCUCAGGAGCAGUGCGGUGAAAUACUUUGUGGUGAGGAACCCGUCCCCUCGGCCAGUCUCCCUGCAGCUCCUGCCUCUCUCCCUAUACCCGAAACCUGAAGCCGCAGUGCGCCUGCUGCACAAAUGGUUUGGCACAGAUAUGCAGAUGAUUAAUUUCACAACUGGUGAAUUCCAGCUCACCAAAGCUUGCCCUUACCAGGGUGAACCUUCAGAGGAAUCCAGUUUGGGCGGGCUCCAUCUCUACUUGCAACCUUUGGAAAUGAGAAGGGUUGGUGUUGUGUUCACACCAGUGGACUAUGGAAAAGUCACCUCUCUUAUACUAAUCCGGAAUAACUUAACUGUCAUCGACAUGGUUGGUGUGGAAGGAUUUGGAGCACAAGAGCUCUUGAAAGUGGGUGGAAGACUUCCUGGUGCAGGAGGGUCACUCCGAUUUAAGGUGCCUGAGUCCACUCUGAUGGAUUGUCGUCGACAACUGAAAGACAGCAAGCAGAUUUUAUCUAUUACAAAGAACUUCAAAGUUGAGAAUAUCGGCCCUCUUCCUAUAACUGUGACGUCCUUGAAAAUCAAUGGAUAUAACUGCCAGGGUUAUGGAUUUCAAGUGCUAGAUUGCCAUCCGUUUUCAUUAAACCCAAAUACAUCUCGUGACAUCAGUAUCGUGUUUACUCCUGACUUUACCUCUUCCUGGGUCAUCCGUGAGCUGAUGCUGGUAACUGCAGCAGACCUGGAAUUCCACUUCACACUCAACGUGACUCUCCCUCAUCACAUGUUGCCUGUGUGUGCAGAGGUGGUUCCGGGUCCCAGCUGGGAGGAGUCCUUUUGGAGGCUCACAGUCUUCUUUGUCAGUUUGUCCCUGUUGGGUGUGAUUCUAAUAGCCUUCCAACAAGCACAGUACAUCUUGAUAGAAUUCAUGAAAACCCGACAGAGGCAAAGUGGCAGCUUGUCUUCCCAGCAGAAUGGUGGUCCAGUGGACGCGCUCAGCUCCCAUUCUCACAAAAGCAAUUGCAAGAACUUUCUUGACACGUACAGCUCAUCUGACAAAGGCAGAGGGAAGAGCUGCCUUCCAGUGGGCCCACCCCUGAGCAGGAUCCAGAAUGCUGCCAAGAGGAGUCCGGCCACCUAUGGUCAUUCUCAGAAGAAGCAUAAGUGCUCCUUCUACUACAGCAAACAGAAGCCCAGUGCAUCCCUGGCCAGCAGUGCCAGCAUUGCUACAGAGGAGAAGCAGACUUUGACCCUGACAAGCUCCCUGUCUGCUGCCAAGGAAGACACUUCUACUGAUGUCAUGAGUGAGAACUGGGUCAGCCUCAGAUAUGCCACUGGUAUGAAUGUCAACUUGCAGAAGAAUUUAACCCUCCCCAAAAAUGUACUGAACAAAGAGGAAAACUCACUGAAAAACACAGUUGUCAAUAAUACUUCUUCAGAGUGUACUAUGAAGGAGGGAAUACAGACAUGUAUGUUUCCUAAGGAAACUGACAUUAAAACUUCAGAAAAUGUGGUUGAGCUCAAGGAACAAGAAGAGCCCUGCCCACAGAAGACUUCUAAGAAGCCACCCGAAAGUCCUUUGCCCAAAAGCCCACCUCAGUACCAGCAGUCAGACAUGCCAGAAGUUUCCAGGAAACAUGGAAAUAACCAGCAAGUGCCUAUCAAGAGUGAAGUGGACAGCUGUGAGACUGUGAAAGGUGUCGACACAAAGCUGUCCUCACUAAAGAAGAGUCAGAGAGCAUCUCCAGAGAGCACAUGUUCUGAGAGGCAGGACACGCCUUCACCAGAGCAGGAAGAUUCUUACAGGAAGAGGAAGCUUCAGGAGAAGAGAGAAGGAAGCACACAAAGUCUCAAUUGGAAUAAAAACCGAACAUGUAGAAAAAACAAGAAAAGGGGCGCUACUCAGACCUCCAGGCCUUCUGAACAGAGUGAACUGAAGCUUGUGUGCAGUGACUUUGAGAGACCAGAUCCAAGCAAUGGCAUCAGAAGCUGGUGUGCACAGGACAGCACUGGGGAGGUGUGUAAAGCUGGUGUGGAGAUGUCAGACAGCUCCCCUGCACAGAGAGAGGAGGACAGUUACUACCAGAAGUCUGAGAAGAAAUGUGCAGACAAGUUUUGCUCGGACUCCAGCUCUGACUGUGGCAGCUCCUCAGGCAGCGUGCGGGCCAGCCGGGGCAGCUGGGGCAGCUGGAGUAGCAGCAGCUCUGACUGUGACAGGAAACCAGUAGUGGAUGCCCAGCACUUCGUGCCACCCGGAGAUGGUGUUUCCUCCCAGGAUUUUCCUCUGGAAGCUUCCAUCCCCUCGAGCCUCUCUCACCACAUGUGCAGCCCUACAGAUGUGAGCAGCCUGUCUGAGUUCACAGAGUCCUCCUGUCCCGGUCUUCCUGCUGCACCCGCAGAUGCUGGAGAAGAGAAAGGUCUGUAUCCACCUGGAGGCCUAUGGCCUUCCCAGCCCGUGUGUCUGACCAGUAGCUUCAACUGUCCAGCGGAGAACAGUGCACCGGGUGUGUCGCAGGAGCCUGCCUCCCUCCCUGACAGCCGUUUCAUUGAUUGGAGUGCAUCCUGUGAAGGCCAGUUUCCCAGUGUGUACUGUCCGCUGGAACUGAACGAUUACAACACCGUUCCGGAAGAAAACAUGAAUUACGCCAAUGGCUUCCCCUGCCCCUCAAAAGUUCAAACGGACUUCCUUGGCCACAGCGCUCACUCUACCUGGAACACUCCAGCCAGCACCCCGUCUGCCUGGGAGCAUGCCGGUUUCGUCAACUCUCCGUCCUACCUCACCAGCACCCGAAGUUUGUCUCCCAUGUCUGGACUUUUUGGUUCCAUCUGGGCCCCACAAAGCGACGUGUAUGAAAAUUGCUGCCCCAUGAGUCCUGCCACAGAACAUUCGACCCACAUGGAAAACCAGGUCAUGUGCAAGGAGUACUACCCAGGGUUUAACCCGUUCCGUGCCUACAUGAACCUGGACAUAUGGACUAGCACAGCAAAUCGCAAUGCAAACUUCCCCCUGUCCAGGGAUUCCAGCUACUGUGGGAACGCGUGAGGGAUUUGAGUCUGGAGCAAUGUGAAUAAAGGGCCUUGUGUUUUGAUUCCUAGCGUAAACUGGUUGUUGAGAUAGAGUACAACAUUGGUGGAUAUUUUGGCACUUUUAUAUAAAAAAAUAAAUGUGUUGUUUGUUUGUUUUUGUUUUUUAAAAUCUGGGUGCUUGUUUUUUGAACCCUUCAUAAAUGAGCGCCGGCAACUUGGCAUCCUAGGAUCAUAACUUCCACCAUUGAGGAAGGGCGCAGCUGUGGCUACUGUGCAAGCAUCAAACUCCUGGGGAUGCUGCACAGAAUCUGACUUAAUCCAGCAGUGUCUCUGGCAGUCAGUGUUUUUGAAGAGAACCUUGUAGGCUGCCCCUGACUGAAGCCAGUAAGAUAAAGGCUGGUAAGAAAAGCCUGCCUAGCAGGAAAUCACCUCCCUGAUGGAGGCACUCCAGGAAAGGUGCUGUUUUCUGUUGUCCUUAUGGUGGCAAUUGUCCUUGCCCCUCUGCUGGGAAGUGGGGCUCUUCUUUCCAGAAUGUGGGUUCCCCUCAGCACUAGUACUUAGGGGAGUUGGGUGCUAGUGGCAAAGCAGUUUGUCUGCUUGUCACUCAUGUUAGAAGCCUCCUCUGGGGUGGCAGUAUGUAUCGCUAAUUAUAAACUUUGGAAACAUUUUCAACUUUAAUAAAAGUUUCUUAUUUUUAUA